AUGCAUCGCCAAUCCACCGACUCCCAGGACAGCAGUGCGAAAAUGUCCCAAUCGCACGCACGCGCUCCCAACUCGCUGUCGACGCUCCCUCUCAUCAACAACAUGUCCAAAUUGCGCGACAGACUGUCCUUCAAACACACCCGUGCCGCGCUCGCUGAGAAGGAGGUCCUCAAGCGCGAAAACCGAGCUACCAGACCCCUGACCCAGCGCAACAUCGACACCUUUCUCAUCGAGCAAGAUUUGAAUGAUGCGCGUUUUUCGCAGUCAAUUCAAUCAAUAGGAAUGAGCAGGGCAACAAAGGUUGCCAUUAUUGGCGCCGGUCCCUCCGGCCUCGUCACGGCCAAAACUCUCCUCCAUCAUUAUCCCAAAGGCCGCUUUGAGCCUGUCAUAUUCGACUCCAAGCCCACCGUCGGUGGGUUAUGGGCCGUUACCAGGCCUGAUGCUUCUAAUAGUAUCACGAAUGAUGGUACGGAUCCGUCAUCAACGGAUUUCAUAGACUGUUUCAUGCGCACGAAUCUGAGUCGGUUCACGGUUUCCUUCUCCGAUCAUUCAUGGGAGACCGAGAAUCAUCGUGCUCGCGAUAGUGACCAGGACUUAUUCCCGCAGGCUUGGGAGGUUGGCGAUUACUUGACGAGUUAUGCGGCCAGAUUCUUGCCAGAGAAACAAGGUAUCCUGAGACUGUCGUGUCGGGUGGUUCGCACGCGAAGGAAUCCAGACUCUACUGCAGCGAAACGGUGGACGGUUGAAUGGGUAGAAGAAGGCAGUACUACAAAUAUCGCUCAAAGCAAAGAUGCCGAUGGCCUCCUCUCGGAAUCCUUUGACUAUCUCGUUGUUGCAUCCGGAUAUUUUAGUCGCCCUUACAUCCCGGAUAUAGCAGGCUUGCACGAAUUUCCGCCAGAAAGAGUCAUGCAUAGCUCUUCGCUCAAGUCACCAAGCUGCAGUCAAUUCAUCCGCUCAUCUAACGAUGGCAAAAUCCUCGUCGUUGGUGGCAGCAUGUCCGGCGCUGAAGCCGCUGCUUCAUUAGCCCUGGAUUUAUCUACUGCCAGGCAAACAACUACAACGACUACAACGAAGAAGAAAUCGUCGGUACAUCAUAUCUCUACGCGUCCAUUCUGGGCCGUGCCCACUUAUCUCCCUGCAAACGAUCAGCCGGGCUCUUUUCUUCCUCUGGAUAUCGUCAUGUAUGACCUUGCACGCAGGCCGCCUGGGGACAUCCAGUACUCGCUGGGCCCGCUUACGUCGGAGCGAGCAAACAUGGUGCAUAGCUACUUCAAGUCGUUGAUUGGGUCUGACCAGUCCGACGUUGCGGAAGCGCUGGCAAUAACUGCAGAGGCUGACACGAACAGCGCGCCCUGGGUUGCUGUAACUGACCACUAUGCUGAGUUUGCGCGUGCAGGCGAUAUCACGCCGACGUUAGGCCGGGUCUCGGGUAUAAAUUGGAAUAGCAACGUACACGCAGCGGAAGCGAACGGCGUGGUAGAAGUUGAGGAUCGGGAAGGGGGCAGCAUUACCACCAUAGACAAUGUCGUGGCCAUUGUAUUUGCAACGGGCUUCACCCCCUUUGGGUCUCUGUCUUUUCUUCCAGAGGAUGUCUUGUCAGUCCUGGAAUUCUCUAAGAGUGACACUGUCUUCCCAAUCGUGCUGGAUGAGAAGGGCACUUGGAACCCGGAUAUCGCCGACUUGGGCUUCGUGGGUUUCUACCGGGGGCCGUAUUGGGGUGUGAUGGAGAUGCAGGCGCGGGCUUUGGCGCAUCGAUGGGAUCGAGCUGAUAUCGACACUGGCAGUACUGCAGAUACCAGUAAGCUGAGAAGUCUGCGAACAUCCCCAUCACCGCCACAGCUCCGCGCACAGUUUCCCAUGGGCGACUAUGUCGGAUUGAUAGAGACAUAUGCACGGGAGUUAGACAUCCCACGCCUAUCACUGCAUACAGGUGACGACGACAGUGAGCGGAGCGGACCAGCGAUACCAGCACGAUAUUUCGUGCCACUGCAUAAUUCCGGUCCUGGAUUGAUAUCAGUUGAUACAAAAACCAACCAUGCAACCACCAUCACAUCCCUCCAAACCCUCCUCCUCCAGCCUUCAAGCAGGGACCGACAGCGAGCACGCUGCAAGGCCGUUUUGAGGGCAUUGCAUGGUAAAUGGCAGUACGAGCGAAUGUCUUCUAAGACAGCAUCUCAGUCUGGCCACGCAUCGAUCAAUUUACGCAAAGUGCACGAUCCAAGCACUGGCUUCAGAACGGAAUAUGUCUAUGAAGGCAGCGGUGGUACGAUAGUAACAAUAUUCGACAUUUCCAAAGACGGCUAUCUCCACAUCACAGGACAGGAUGGAAUUCAGGGGGAACUUGAAUUUGUCUCUGUUGAGAAGAAGGAAAAUCAAUCCUGUUACAGGCAUGUGGCAAGGGAGAGGGAGGCUGAAAAUAAUGGCCUUGUCUUGAGAGAGUUCGUUUUUGAUAUGCGAGGUGUUGUUAUGACUUCGUGGGAGGAGAAGGUUGAGGAUAGACGCGAGAGGACAGUCACGGUUACGAGGUAUACAAGAUGA